GUUGGUGGUGUAAAGUUACACAUUCAUUAAAGAUAAUAAUAUCCUAAAAUAAAAUAUUAAAAAUAAUGUUUAUUAAAACGUCAAAUGUAUGGAUGGAUAUAACUAUAAAAAUCAUGGCGGAAUUUACUAUUUUAAAUGCUCACCAAACCAAACAAUGAUACAUCGUUCUAAUCGUGCUUACAAGAUAAACGGUAUGUUUCAUUCAUAUUAAAUAUUGAUCGUCUGUAGAUACAUAUUAAUAAAAUCAUAUUUUCCCAUGCUUGUUAUGGCAUUUAGCAUAUUUGGGAUCAGUUUGGUAAUGAAUUAGUCGAUAUAUAACCAUAUGAUUCAAAUGCAAGACCUCUAUCUUAUUUUAGACACGUUUCAACCAAGCAUUUAGCUUCGACGCUAACACAAUGAGUUCAACACGAAAACAGCCUCACGUUCUGGUGCUCUCAUACCCUGCUCAAGGCCACGUUAACCCCAUGAUCCAAUUCUGCAAACGCUUGGUCGCCAAAGGCAUCAAAACAACAUUUGCAACAACAUUUUCCUUCUCCAAAAAUGUCCAUAUCGACCUUAACACCACCCUCAUCACCUUCGAAACAUUCUCUGAUGGGUUUGAUGACAAUUGCCCUGAUCAAUUUGUGUCCCCAGAUGUUUACUUCCCAAAGCUUCGUGAAGUAGGCCCAAAGUCCCUAUCGGAUCUUGUUAAAAAACUAGGGGGUGUCAACGCCAUUGUUUAUGAUGGGUUUUUGCCUUGGGCUCUUGAUGUUUCUAAGCAAUUCAAGAUCAUGGGAGUCGUCUUCUUCACUCAAACUUGUGCUGUCAAUAAUAUUUACUAUCAUGUCAACAGAAGCCUUCUUCAAAUCCCAUUGUCGGAUUCGGAUUCAUUAGUCUCACUUCCUGGAUUACCACCGCUUGAAAACUGGGAAACUCCUUCAUUCGUGCACAAAUUUGACUUGUUUCCUGCUGUUUCUGAUCUAGUUUUUGGUCAAUUUACCAACAUUGAUCAAGCAGACUGGGUGUUGAUCAACUCAUUUUACAAAUUGGAGGAAGAGGUGGUCAAUUGGAUGGGGAAGUUGUGGCGUGUAAGGACGAUAGGCCCAACGCUUCCAUCAAUGUACCUUGACAAACGAUUGUUAGAUGAUCGAGAGUAUGGAGUGAAUGUGUUCAAACCAAAACGGGUUGAAUGCAUGAACUGGCUAAACAACAAGCCAAAAAGAUCGGUUGUUUACUUAUCAUUUGGGAGCUUGAUGCAGCCUGGAUCUGAGCAAAUGAAAGAAAUAACAUGUAGUUUGAGUGAUGGUGGUUUUAGCUUCUUGUGGGUGGUUAAGUCUUCUUUAGAGGACAAUAUCCCCCAAGAGUUUGUCGAUGGCAUGUCAAAGAAAGGGUUAGUCGUGGCAUGGUGUCCUCAAUUGGAAGUAUUGGCUCAUGAGUCAAUAGGAUGCUUUGUUACACAUUGUGGGCUCAACUCCGUUCUUGAAGCCAUUGGUUUGGGUGUGCCGAUGGUUGCAAUGCCACAAUGGUCCGAUCAGACCACAAAUGCCAAGUAUGUGGAGGAUGUUUGGGGUGUGGGAGUUCGGGCUAAGCAAGAUGUUAAUGGGAUUGUGACCAGACGAGUGUUGGAUGCGUGCAUAAGGCAAGUCAUGGAAGGAGAGAAAAGCAUCGAGAUCAGGAAAAACACAACCAAAUGGAGGGAUUUAGCGAUAGAGGCUAUCGAAGAAGGUGGAAGCUCAGACAAGAACAUCAACGAAUUCGUAGCAGAAUUGAGCUUACAAUAUUGAGAGGGUGUUUGGCUUAGCUUUUUAAAUGACUUUUGAUUUUAUCUUUUAGAAAAAGUCCCAAAAGAUGUUUGGUAAAAGGAAAAGGACUUUUGUAAAUGACUUUUCCCAUAGAGUAAUUUGAGUCUUUUUGAAAAGUCACGAUUAGCUAAUUUUUCCCAACUUUUCACCAGCUAAAAAUAUUAAAUUACCAAUAUACCCCUCAUUUACCCUAAACAUGUCUUUUUUUGUCAUUUUACAUGUAAGUAUCUAAUACAUUUUAAAAACCACAUAUAUCAUUAAGCUUACAUUUCUCCACCCACGUCAUUAAAUAUUUGAUAAAUUACACAAAUCAUCUCUCUAGUUUGGGGCAAUCUGCCCAUUUCAUCCCCUCGACACAAAAAAAGGCUUGUAGUGCCCUUACCAUUUUUUAUAAUUUAAUUAUUUAAAUAAAUAUUUGAAGGGUUGUAGGGUCCUCAUCAUCAUCUUCAUUUUCUAUUAUGAGAUAUACCCCCCACCCCCCCCAUUAAAUACAUAGACUUGAAGAGGCCAGACAACUAGACAAAGGAUGUGUGAAGUAAAAAAAAAAAAA